UCCGGCGGUGGGUGGUUGCCGAGGUGCUGGGCGCGGCUUGGAACCAGUGGCCAUGGCAGGCGACGGAGCAGACUUCGAGGCGACAUACAAGAAAUUGUGUGUGGCUUUGUCAAAACAAGGUCAGGUCAAGGAUCUUACCAAGGAGUUCAACUCGAUGCGCUCGGAUGACUCGCGCGUACGUUUUCUCCUCGCGUUGGACGCGGUGCGCGCGCCGCCUUUUGAAUUGAAAGCGAAGCUGAAGUGUGCCGAAGAGAGCAACAGGCUGCGCGCGGAGGGCAACGCUGCGUACGGCCGGCGCGGUCAGGAGGCGGCUGCGCUGGAGUUGUACACGCGCGCGGUGCUGGCGGCGCCGGCCGACGACGGCCCGGCGCUGGCGCUGGCGCUGGCCAACCGGUCUGCGGUGCUGCUGAGCCUGGGCUGGCUGGGACCGUGCCUGGUGGACAUGCGUCGCGCGCUGCGGCAUGGCUACCCGCAACAGCUGCGGCCCAAGCUGGAGCAGCGGCUGCAGAGGGUGCGGCAGGAGGCGCAGGCGCGCUCCUGCCCGGAGCUGGCCGGCCCGCUAGACUUCAACGAGGACGCGGCAGACGAAGACGAUGAGCGACUUGUGUCGGGCGCCUUCAGAGGGAAGCCCGCCCCCGAGCUGGAGUCCAUCAAUCGGAGCAUGCCGUCGGCGUGUGCCGCGGUGGAGGUGCGCCACACGGACGAGAGGGGUCGCGUCCUGGUCGCCACGCGCGCCAUCUCGCCAGGUGAGCUGCUGGUGGUGGAGCAGCCUUACUGCGCCGUCCUGCUGCCGGAGGAGACGCAGGGUCACUGCCACCACUGCUGCCGCUGGAGUCCGGCGCCGGUCGGCUGCCUUCACUGUACGGAGGUGCGGUUCUGCAGCGGCCGCUGCCGGGCCGAGGCCUGGACGCAGUAUCACGCCGUCGAGUGUGCCAUCUACGGCCAGCUGGUGGCGCUGGACGCCGGCCAGAUGGCGCUGCUGGCAGUGCGAGCCGUGGUCGUGGCCGGCUGGCCGCGGCUGGCGGCGGCGGCGGCUGGCGGUGCCCCGGACACGCCCGAGUACCGCUCCGACGACUACCAGCGCGUGCGCCAGCUGGUGGGUAACGCGGCGGCGCGGCCGGCCGCCGACCUCUUCAAGCGCGCGCUGAUGGCGGUGACAUUAGGCCGGCUGCUGGAGCGGUCCAGCCUGCCGCCGCCCGGCGCGGACGCGGCCGAGCGGCAACGCCGCCUGGUCACGCUGUCGGCCGAGCUGCUGCGCCACCUGCAGACGCUGCCCUGCAACGCGCACGAGGUGUCGGAGCAGCGGCUGCCCGGUGGGCGGCUGGCUGGCGCCACCACGUGCCAAGUAGGUGCCGCCGUGCUGCCGGUGCUCAGUCUCACCAAUCACUCCUGUGACCCGAACGUGUUCCGCUGCUACCACGGCACGACGGCCGUGCUGCGCGCGCUGCGUCCGAUCGACGCCGGAGGCGAGCUGCUCGACAACUACGGCUACCACUACGCGCUGAUGGAGCGCGACGAGCGGCGCCGCGGCCUGGCACGCCAGUACUACUUCAGCUGCGCGUGCGCCGCGUGCCGGGCCGACCUGCCGCCAUACGAGCGGAUACCGAAUGGGCGGCCGCGCGCCAUCUGUCGCACCUGCACCGGCGAUGUCGCCAUGUGCGACCACGAGGCGGACGUGACCAAGUACGAGGCGGAAGUGGCGCGCGCCGCUGAUGAGCUUCAGCAGGCCGUCUCUGCCGUGCUUGAGGAGGGGGCAGUCGACGUGAAGGACCGUGUUGGUGAGCUGAUAGAGCUCUUGGAUAGGCGAGUGAAGCUGCCGUGGAGGGGGCUGAACGACGCGCAAGAGGUCUUCAAGAUGUGCUUUCUGAUCAGCGGAGAUGUGUGCCCGGACGGCUAGGCUGGAAGGGCUCGUCAUUCGUAUUGUGCUAGUCAGACUCCGCCAAUGUUGGCGCCACCGCAGGACCUGCGUGGUGUGUGAACUGAUUGUGCAAGACAAUAUGAUAAACACAGGUUUGAUAUGCGCGAUAAGGUAAUGUCGGAGAAACUGGCUGAACAUUAUUUGAACAACUCAUUUGGCCAGCGCGCUGACUUAAAUAGUGAUUUAAUAAAUAUCGUUAUCGUGAAACAGAACGAGUUAUACCACCGUGACACGUGACAACGUCGCAUAACCGUGUGGCAAAGUACAGGUACUUGAAUGCCGUGGAGACCGAUAUUUGCCAGGUUAUUCC